GCCCCUUCCCCGGCACAGCACGCCACUGACACAGGCACAGCUCUCCGCCUCUGCCCACAUCCGGCAGGCAGACCCGCCAGCACCAAAACAUAGGAGCAGCAUGGGUAAGGAGAGGGGCUUCUGCCAGUCACCCACUGACUUGCCCACUAGCCCCUGACCCGUCCCUGGUUUGGAGGGACCUCCCUCCAGGAAAUGACCGGAAUACUUCAGGUGGGAAUGAAGGGAGGGAAUGCUGGACUCUGUUCCCUGUUCCCACCACCCCCCACUCCUGCAUUUCCCAGCUCAGCCCAAGUUUCUAGAGGUACCGGGGAAGGCGAGGACAGAGGGCUGCUGGGAAGGACCACCCGGAAGUCCCACGGCGCUCCAAUCAGCUAGGGCCUCGGGGCUCGGGUUGCCUUUCUGCAGAUGAGAAAAUUAGGAGGGAGACACUUAGGGAAAACCUCUCUGUCCCUGGCUCUCCCCCCAGGACACAGACAAUCCUGAUUUCAGCUCUGGGCUAACUUCUUCCAGACACGAAAUGUAGGAAGUGUGGACCUGGCUACCCUACCCCUCUAGAGGCCAUGAAGGGACCCCGAGAGGAGCUUGUCUACCUGCCCUGUAUUUACCGAAAUACGGGCAUUGAAGCCCCGGACUAUCUGGCCACCGUGGAUGUUGAUCCCAAGUCUCCCCACUAUAGCCAGGUCAUCCAUCGGCUGCCCAUGCCCAACCUGAAGGACGAGCUGCAUCACUCGGGGUGGAACACCUGCAGCAGCUGCUUCGGCGACAGCACCAAGACACGCACCAAGCUGGUGCUGCCCAGCCUCAUCUCCUCCCGCAUCUACGUGGUGGACGUGGCCUCCGAGCCCCGGGCCCCGAAGCUGCACAAGAUCAUCGAGCCCAAGGACAUCCAUGCCAAGUGUGGUCUGGGCUACCUCCAUACUAGCCACUGUCUGGCCAGCGGGGAGGUGAUGAUCAGCUCCCUGGGAGACCCAAAUGGCAAUGCCAAAGGGGGUUUCGUGCUGCUGGAUGGAGAGACGUUUGAGGUGAAGGGGACGUGGGAGAAGCCUGGGGGUGCUGCACCGAUGGGCUAUGACUUCUGGUACCAGCCUCGACACAAUGUCAUGAUCAGCACCGAAUGGGCAGCUCCCAAUGUCCUGUUGGACGGCUUCAACCCUGCUGAUGUGGAGGCUGGGCUGUAUGGGAGCCACUUACACGUGUGGGACUGGCAGCGCCAUGAGAUUGUGCAGACCCUGCCACUGCAGGAUGGGCUCAUCCCCCUGGAGAUCCGCUUCCUGCACAACCCGGACGCUACCCAGGGCUUUGUGGGCUGUGCUCUCAGCACCAACAUCCAGCGCUUCUACAAGAAUGAGGGAGGUACUUGGUCCGUAGAGAAGGUGAUCCAAGUGGCCCCCAAGAAAGUGAAGGGCUGGAUGCUGCCCGAAAUGCCAGGCCUGAUCACCGACAUCCUGCUCUCCCUGGAUGACCGCUUCCUGUACUUCAGCAACUGGCUACACGGGGAUCUGCGGCAGUAUGACAUCUCUGACCCGAAGAAGCCUCGCCUUGCGGGACAGCUGUUUCUGGGUGGCAGUAUUGUUAAGGGAGGCCCCGUGCAAGUGCUGGAGGACCAGGAGCUGGAAUCUCAGCCAGAGCCCCUGGUGGUCAAGGGGAAGCAUGUGGCUGGAGGCCCUCAGAUGAUCCAGCUUAGCCUAGAUGGGAAGCGUCUCUACGUCACCACAUCACUGUACAGUGCCUGGGACAAGCAGUUUUACCCUGAUCUCAUCAGGGAAGGCUCCGUGAUGCUGCAAAUCGAUGUAAACACAGAACAGGGAGGCCUGAAAUUGAACCCCAACUUCCUGGUGGACUUUGGGAAGGAGCCUCAUGGCCCAGCCUUGGCCCAUGAGCUCCGCUACCCUGGGGGAGACUGCAGCUCUGACAUCUGGAUCUGAAGUCUACCCCUCAUUGCCUGUCACACGUUCUGAGCCUUUACUUCCAGGUCUCUGCGGGGACCUGGCCUCACUCUGCUCUCUCUUAGCCCCCAACUCUUCAUAGCUUGUUCCAGCAAAGCCAAGCUGAGGUUGUUUUAGCAUAUUGAGAAGUGUCUGCUUUUACCAACCCCUGUUGUGUGUUGCUCACUGCACAGUGUCAUUCACAUGAGCUUUGGAAGCACUAAGAAAUAAACAGUGAACCUGGGCCUCGGAUCCUCUGGCUUUGGGGAUAUGGGGCCUGUUACUCCA